GUCACGGAAGUGGAAAGGGGAGUGACACUCGGCCGCCUAACUAAGGCUUCACCUGGGCUUCUUCAAUCAGGAAAACCGCAGGAUUUCCUUUGGCCUGUGGAUGUUAGCAAGCCAAAAUUUGCCGACGUUUUUCCUCACACGUUAACAUAACACUGCUUGCAUUGCAGCGUUGUUUAACCAACGACACAUGAUGACAUUAACUCCAAUUUAAGGCAUCCGGGUAGGAAUUACGAAUAAAAACCGGUGUUGGUUACCAUUCAGCUAACAUAAAUGCUUAGCCGUAGCCAUAAGUUUCCAUUUCACAGCUGACGCCUAGCUGACUUUUCUCUAAUUUGGGAACUGUUAAUUAUCUUGCUUUGGGUUAUCCGCCAACAGCUGAUGGUGUUAUGAAAUAUUACUGACAUGGUUAACAUCUGUAACUAACCUAGCUAAUGUUAGCUGACUACUACUCAUUUGAACUAUCACGACCUGCAGAAACAGUCACCGCUUACCAUAAAAUGAACAGCAUCAGAAGUCUCGACAUGUAUUCCACAUCCUAGUCGUUAAAUUGGCCUUUACCAGGACUAAAUGAAUAAAGUUAAGGCAGCGAUAUGACAACUGCACUUGCUACCAGUCGCGUUACUAAACAUGAGUCAACCCACGUCUUGACCGAACAUGCUUUGAAUACAAACACAUCACGUACAGGGGACGAUAUUAUUCAAAUAAAAUAUUAGUUUUUUAGUGUAAGAAGAUCAAUUAUUAAUUAAUUAAUUGGCAAGAUACUGUACAGCCUAAUUGUUUUUUUAAUAUUACAAUGACCAGCGUGAGAGUACGUUCUUUUUUCUACCACUUGGUGACAGCGGUGAGUCAGGAAGCUAAGGCUGGAUUUUUUUUCAUACGGUGGCCGUCAGGGGAAAACUCCAAACACAGAAAUUAUACACAAACACACACAAAAACACACACAAAUAAUUGUGCUCACUGGAUUCGUAGGACACCUAUCGACAAACAACCAUUCACACUCAUAUUCAUACCCAUGGAAAUUUUUGAGUGUCCAAGUAACCUGUUAUCUAUGUUUUUGGAGAACAUGCUAACUGCACACAGAGAUGAUUAGAACCGUCUGUGAGGCUGAUGUUUUAAACACUAGCAGUGCCUUUUAUAUUCUAUAUUUUCAACUAUUCCUUUGACACAAGGUAGCGCUGUGCUCAGCAAAAAGGGACAAGCUCAGCACUCCCAAAGGCAAAAGUGUCAGCCUGUUUUACUUGAGCACCAAUGACCAUCAGCUCAUUAGUGCCCAGCCAAAGUACUUUGCCUUAAUGCUAAUUAGCUUGGAGGGGCUUGGCAAUUUCACUGAUCUCUUUUCACAAUAACUUCCCAUUGAGUGCAAACUCUUUCACUGACGGCACCAUGGCUUCAUUUACACCGAAUGCCAUUGGCAGGUGGAUGUAGGCUUCAGUUUCCUCAGACCUUGUAUCUUAAGCAGUAAAAAUCAUUGAUAGAUUCACACUGAUUUAUUUAUCCUGCCUCAAAAGUAAGAUUGUGUUAAACAUAUAGCUUCCGUACAGCACGUGAUGUUCCUUAAUGUAACCCUCAUAAUCAUGGUAAGCAAAAUAAACAUACCAUACAUGCUUACCAGUUGUAAUGUAAAUGUGGCUGCAGCUAUAAGUGAGCUAAUUGCCUUAGACCCCGUGGGAACCUAUUAUUAGAUGUACACUUAUGAGCCGCACUGGUCUGAGCGAGUGUACACACUCACGUUGGGACAGAUGGGAACUCAUUUGAUCAGUCUUAGGGGCUUUGUGUGUUGCCAGGCUACAAUUAGCAAAGAAAGUCUCAAAACUGUAACCAGCUUACAGCCGUGGAGAUGAUAGCACUGCUAAUGCUUUCUGCCCAGCGAGAGGACGUCAUCAUCAUAAUAUGCCAUCAUUUAACCCUUUUUUCGUUAGGGAUAAUUUCAUCUUUUUCGUUUCAGGUCAUGAUUAAACCAUGAAGAUAUCAUUCUGAAUGAGGAAGGGCCUCCUCUCAAACAGACAGUGGUGUUACGAGGUAGAAGUCCCGUACCAGUCAAAAGUUUAGACAUAUUUUGUCAUUCAAUGGAACGGAAAGGUGUGUCCAAACUUUUUGUCAUGACCUGUGUGACAGUUUGUUACAUUCUGCCUGAGUUUCAGUUUUGAUGUCUUUUUGUUCCACUUCCUGUUUUGUUCCGUUGCGUUUUCAGCUGCCUUUACUUUUCUGUUUAUGUGCACCUGGCGCUAAUUUGAGUUCCUCCUAUUUAGUUCUGCUGGUAGCUUCUCUGUUUGUUGGAUCAUUGUUUUUGACACAUGCCUCUGCAAGUUUCCCUUUUUUUCCCAUUUGAGGCCUUUUUUUCCCCAGGUAAAAACAUAACACUUGGUACCAGCAACCACCUUCACCAUAGCCACGUUUCCAUCAAGCGGUACAGUUCAGUACACAAAACCUUCAUUUGGUUAGGGCUUCCAUCGGGUGUGUAAGUAAAGAAAAAGGAAAAAAAACAGGCCUUUAUUUUUUAAACAAAGAAAAUAAAUAAAUCAAUAAUUAAUAAACCAAAAUACACAGCUGCAUUGGUCUUACAGCUGUGAAGCAAGUGCAAACUUCAGGUACAUCAUAUGUGACGGUGUGGAAACAACUGAUAUUGAUAGGAAGCAAUAACAAAAGGCAACCUCAAUUGAGACAGUUCAUUGCCAUUGAAACACUAGAGGAACAAUUCUCCAUUGACCAUCAACGGAUUACGCAAGCAUUUGUACAAAUAAAGGCCUCCUCUCAAAGAAACGCCUUACUUCAAAUACUGCAGAUCCUGUAGCCCUGCUUCCUGCCAGUUAUGGACUUCCUUUCAAAACAGACCAGGUGGUGACCUACUAUCCUGCCGGAACGGCUCUACCCGUCUUGGCUGCAUAUUUGUCCUCCUUCUUUAUUGGAUAAAAGUCCCAUGUUUCGUUUGUGGAGCUACUUUUAUUUAAAAAGUAUUUUUUGUUUUCUGGAUUAUGCCUGAACUUUCUCAUCCCUGUGCGGAUCAUACAUGUAUGCAAGGCGAUCCUCAAAUAUGGAUUAUGAUGGGCUGUCUGCCUGUAUCAUGGCUAAAAGCGAACACAAGGAGCUGAUACGCAAAAUGCUGAACAUUACAGGCCGCCAUCUUUACCAUAUCUGCCAUCAACAACUAAAGCCAAGGUUGCCAUCGCCAUGGUGACCUUUGCUGAGACAACACAGAUCUCCCCUAUGGAGCUGUGUGAGCCACCCUGCCCGACCGCCACCCUGUCCCCCGGCCUGAGGCGUAAAAAGAUGUUGUGGCAGAAUGCUGUGAAACACAUCAUCAUCCAGCAGGAGCUCAGCGCCCAGGUGGGUGUGGAGCCGGCACACAAGAUCUUUGUGACGGAUACCUACAUGAAAGAAAUCAACAGACAAAUCCGCAGCAAGGCUUCACGUGGAGUCAAGCGACGCUCCUCUACGUUCCGAGUCCACCCUUCCCAAAUCUGUAGCUCCAUAAGCAUGCACAGCAGCGUGGGAUCAGGUUGGAAUGAAUACGCCAGCGAUGCCGACUUCUUUGUGCACUGGGGCCGCAUUAUUCAUGGGAUCUAUAUACCCACCCUGAGGCACACCUUUAAGUCCCGAGACCUGGAAAAACUGUACCAGCAACACUCCUCCCACCAAAGACGCAACUCCUUAGCCAUCACUAACGUCAUCGACGCAGUGGCCAAGCUGCAGAUCCUGGUUCUGUACCUGGCUUUGGCCCCUGAGGAGGUCACGGAUCCACUGCGAGGCUGCUUGACGUGCAUGUUCAUGGUGUUUGCAGUGGCGCUGUGCAUCGGGGUUUUAAACUUUAAGGGUUCCAUGUCGCCAAAGUGGCUCCAUUAUGCCGGGCUUGCCAGCUGGCUGUCGCAGUCCACGCAGGUAUUGGGAGGACUCGCGUACGGACUGGAGAAAGACCCGUCGUGGUACCUUUUGUUCACAUUGUUUGCCACAUACACGCUGCUGCCCUUACCUCUUCUGUGGGCCAUGUGUGCUGGAUCGCUGACAUCUGCAUUGCAUCUUCUACUGGAGAUCAUAUGCUACCGCAACGAUGCAGUACUUUUAAGAAAGGUGUUUGCCAAAGGCCUUCUGUACCUGGGUAUGAACACAGCAGGAUUCUUCAUCCACUACCUGACAGAUCAUUCACAGCGACAGGUGUUUCUAGAAACGCGGCGUUGCAUUGAAGGACGCCUCAAACUGGAGCAGGAAAACCAGAGACAGGAGCGUCUGGUGCUAUCGAUCUUGCCCCGAUUCGUAGCCUUGGAGAUGAUCGCCGACAUGAGUUGCAUGGAAGACGAGCUCAAUCCUCAGGAAUUUCACAAGAUUUACAUUCACCAGUAUAAGGAUGUCAGCAUACUUUUUGCAGAUAUCAAGGGCUUCACUCUGUUAUCCAUGAACUUGUCAGCUCAGGAUUUGGUUCGAACCCUCAACGAGCUCUUUGGACGCUUUGAUCGCCUGGCCGAGGAGCACCAAUGCCUGCGAAUAAAGAUACUCGGAGACUGUUACUAUUGCGUGUCAGGAGUCCCAGAGCCACAGCGUGCCCAUGCCCGUCACUGCGUUGAGAUGGGGCUGGCUAUGAUCAACACCAUUCGGUCUGUACGGAAGCUCCUCAACUUUGACAUGGACAUGAGGAUUGGCAUCCAUUCGGGCUCUGUGCUGUGUGGGGUGCUAGGUCUGCAGAAAUGGCAGUUUGACGUCUGGUCUUGGGAUGUGGGCAUUGCCAACAUGCUAGAGGCGGGCGGGAUACCAGGGCGAAUCCACAUCUCCAAGGCAACCCUGGACUGCCUCGAAGGCACCUACAAGACGGAGGAUGGACGAGGAGGGGACCGGAGUGAGUUUCUGCGGCGACACAACAUUGACACCUUUUUCAUUUGUCCCCUGGAGGACAGAUAUAAAGACGACUACAAUGAGACACCCAAAGUCCAGAAAAUAAUUCGAACCUGGAAUCCAGAGAUUCCAUUUGGGAGCGCCAUUGACAUGAAUAGUAUCUUGGCCUCAUUUACCAACGGAUCACUACCCAACAUUUGGCGGUCCACCUCCAAGGAGAUUAAUGAACGCAUCAAACAUGCCAUUGAGGUUCGAAGCAGUGAGCGUAUGCAUCAGGAGCACAUCAGUCCUCUGUCUCUGGUGUUCAAGGAUUCACACAUUGAGGACAAGUUUUCCCAGAUGAGAGAUGAAAUGUUCAACUCCAACCUGGUGUGCUCCUUUAUCAUGCUCCUAUUUGUCAUGGCUGCCCAGGCCCUCAUCUCUGCUCCCAGGUCAGGAGACACCAACACAACUCGAUUGUUGGCAAUGAACAUUUUGUCUUGUACCGUUCUGUCUUUUUUCUGCAGGUUGUUCCCAGCCAUCCUCCAGUUUUCCCUGUUUCUACUCACCUACAUGCUGCUGCUGCUAGUCGUGUUAGCUGAAGAAUUCAAGUGGUGUCCCGCUAGACUGCAACACUUCUGCUGCUGGAUCCAUGAAAACAACAAUGCUCGCAACAUGCUCACCCUCACUGCGAUUGUCAUUAACUUUGGUUUAGCCUCCAUGGACAUGGUAUGGUGCAUUCUCACGAACCGAGAAGAGACUAAUGUGAUGGACAGUGCCAACAUGCCUUCACGUUCACUCACUGUGUGUUCUUUCCCAGAGGUGUUUGUGUUGAGCGGCGUGAUCGCCAUGGUGACGUGCGCAGUGUUUUUACGCCUCAACUCCCUGCUGAGGCUGGCUGUGCUGUUGCUGGCGGUGGCCGUCUACUCCUACCUCAUCCAUCUGGCCUUCCUCUCUCUUGCACGCCACGACAUGCUGCACAGAUCUCAUUAUGUCAGAAGGAAAUGGAUCGCCAUUCUUCUCUUGGUCAUGUUUAUUGUUGCUGUCUUCUACAAUGGACGCCAGUGGGAAGCCACUGCCAGGCUGGACUUCCUGUGGCGGUUGCAGGCUCAGCAGGAAGUGGAGGAUAUGAGGGAGCUGCGCGAACAUAAUGAAUGUCUUUUGCACAAUAUUCUGCCUGUGCACGUGGCCCGACACUUCUUGGAGCGCAGCAAGAACGAUGAGGAGCUUUACUCCCAGUCAUAUGAUGAAGUGGGAGUCAUGUUUGCUUCUAUUGCUGGCUUUAAUGAGUACUUUGAGCAAAAAGAGGUCAGACAUGAAGGUGUGGACUGCCUACGACUGCUCAAUGAGAUCAUUGCAGGCUUUGAUGAGUUGCUGGAGGAGUCAUACUUUGACUAUGUGGAGAAAAUCAAGACCAUUGGGAGCUGCUAUAUGGCCGCUUCUGGUCUCGCUCCAGAUGGACAGUCGUCUAUGGAUGAAUGGAAUCACUUGAGCGAGCUGGUUCUGUUUGCGAUGGCAAUGCAGGAGACCUUGAAGGAGAUUAACAGGCACUCGGCCAAAGACUUUCAGCUCCGUGUCGGCAUUGCGCACGGGCCGGUGGUAGCAGGCGUAAUCGGUGCCAGCAAGCCUCAGUAUGACAUCUGGGGGUCAACGGUGAACUUGGCCAGCCGCAUGGAGAGCACAGGGGUGAGCGGACGCAUCCAGGUGCCCGAGGCAACUAGAAAGAUUCUGGCGGAGUGGGGCUUUGCCUUGGAGCUGCGAGGAGAAAUCUUUGUCAAGGGGGUAAGCGAGUGUCAGGGCAAGGUGCGCACCUACUUCAUCAGCACCAUGCGCAGCAAGAUAGCCAACACUUCCCCAGAUGGACGUCCGGGGGGCAGAACCAGUGGACGCAUGACCAUGGCGGGAAUAGUGUUCAGUCUAGUCCAAGCCAGACACAAGGAGAAGCUGAGGGAGACCAACGGGGGCUUCAAGCUGACACGCUGCGCCCUCUAGUGCUGAUGAGUGGCAGCUGCUUUCAUUCCACCCUCCUUCCGUGUAUCAUUAUGCUUGGACGUCGCUUAAUUCACCAUACGUUGAAAUAAUGACAAAGUUUUCAAAUUACAUAAUUCAAAGGCCAAUAAUCUUGCAAUAGGUUCUGAUACCUUCAAGCCAAACACACAAAUUACCUCAAAACAACCACUAUCACCUCACAUAGAUUCCCAAUGGCCUAUACAUCGAGUGUUUUUUAAAAAUGUUUUAUUCUCUAUUUAUCUAUCUGCUUUUUGUAUCUGUAUUUUGUCAGUGUUGUUUUAACAGAUUAAUUCAUGUUUUCUACACUCCAUUUUUAUUCAGGAUACAGGAUUCAAGAUUCAAGAGAGUUUUAUUGUCAUGUGCAUGGUAAAACAGCAGUUAUACCAUGCAAUGAAAAUCUUAUUCUGUUCAUUCUCCCAAGAAAAGAAAGAAAAACACAAGAAAGAAUAAGAACAGAAGAAACAUAAACACAUAUACAUAAAUACCAAUAAAUUAAGCAACAACAACAGAAGAGACAUUAACACAAGUAAAUAAUACAAAUAAAUAAAUAAAUAAAGUGCUAUGAGUGUGUGUUGCGUGCGGCGUGUCUGAGUGCUUCAUUGAGAAGCCUGAUGGCCUGUGGGUAAAAGCUGUUUGCCAGCCUUGUGGUCCUGGACUUCAAACUCCUGUAGCGUCUGCCUGACGGUAGGAGUGUGAAUAAUGAGUGUUGUGGAUGUGUGCUGUCCUUGAUGAGGUUGUGUGUUCUGCGUAGGACUCUAUAUGUAUAAAUGUCUUGCAGUGAGGGGAGGGCUGCCCCAACAAUGUUCUGUGAGGUCUUGAUCACCCGCUGGAGUGCCUUCCUAUCACGUGUUGUACAGUUACCGUACCAAACAGUGAUGGAGGCGGUAAGGACACUUUCGAUAGUGCAUCUCAAAUGUCCCACAUCUCGUAAAAUCUACAUUUGCUUGCUGUGUUAUUUAAAAUGUGAAUUCAAGAGCACAUAAAGUUGCUUUCCAAUUAUUUAUUGUCAAUAAUUAGUCUGAAAGGACCUAUUAUAUAUUUUACACUUCUUAUAUGUGACUUAAAUUAGUAUGUAGUGUGUAAGGAAAGGUCACUGCCUAAAAUACCUCUUAAUUAAAAUACCGCACCUACAUGAUUUGGAACACUUUUUUUUUUUUUUUAAAGAAUUAGAGGUAAUCUAUGCUGUUUGCUUCAGAUUUUUAUGGUUAAAGGAAUAAUGGACGGGGUACUGAAAUAAUUUUUGAAAUUAUUAUCAUUCUGAGACUGUAAUAGUGAUAUCACUUUAUUAGGAAUACUUUUUGCUAAUAAAGUCAAAUACAAAAAGAAAAAAUAAGUACGUGA